GUUAUUCUAAGAGAGAUACUUAAGGCCUGAGAGAGAACCAAAUUUAUAUUUACUUCAAGUGAUUCAAUAGUGAAGAUUGUUUCUUUUUCCGUUUAAUAUUCUUACAAUUAAUUAAUUACAAUUUUUAUCGAUUGUUAACCAUCUUUACUCUGUGUGUUUUACGUUUUUAAUUUUGUCCUUUCGCCUGUUCUGUUUAGUCAUUUAAAAUGAAUAAUCAUCAAUCUAAUCAACCUCGUGAACGAUCAAUUCCAAUAACAACAACCCAAGAUAAUAUGCCAACCACAACUCAUUUUCCUCUAUCAUCUUCAUCUUCACAUCCCAUGUCCUCUUCUGGUCCAUUUUCUAGUUCCCCUGGUCGUGGUAAUCUAUUUAAUCAAUUAAAUCAGUUUAGAAAAAAUCAUUCUCCCGAUGAAUUGUUCUCCGAUAGAAGUCAUUUCUCUUCGCCUUUUGGCUCUAUGAGUUCUGGUUCUCGGAAUGUUGGUGAUUUUUUCUCCUCUCAUGGUAACAACGAUGAAGAAGAUUGUGAACAACAAGAAUCUCAUCAACCAAGAGUUUAUAAUAUUCCUAUUCAAGUAGAAACUCCAGAGGGAGUUGUCCCUCUUUCUAGAUCGAAUAGUCAUUCACCCAGUUUCUCGCAAUUUCGUAAUAACAGUCAUCAUCAUCAUCACCAUGCAGCACCAACUCAUGGCGGUGGUCCAAUACCUGAUAGAACUGGUGAAACCUUUACUAGACAACGUCCUGGGCCUAGUCCAACUCCACCACCUAAACCAAGGUUUACACCUUCCUAUAAACCGGAGCCUCAAGGCUAUACAUUUCAACAACAAUACCAACCAGAUGCUCAUCCACAAACACAUCGUGUUCACAAUAUUCCUGUUCAAGUAGAAAAAACAUCUAAACCUAGUGAAAGUGUCUCUAACCAGUCUCACUUUAAACAAGACGUUCCAAAUAUCGGUAGAGAUUCACCAAGACCAGAAUCUCAACAAUCGGGUAAUGGUGGACCUCACGUCAUUAAUAUCCCUGUAAAUGCUGAGAGAAGUCAAUCUAGUGAAAAUAAAAGUCAACCACAACCACAACCACAACCCCAUCAACCUGCACCUAAUCAGUCAAAGGCUUCAAGUGAACCUCAAAAAGGUCCAGUUGAUCCUCUGGAUCUAAUUAAAAGUAUUAAAGAUGAGGCCUGUAGGUUGGAAAGUGAAGUGAAUAAUUUUGACGGUGAAAGUCAAAAACAGUAUCGAUAUUUAGAUGAAAUGUUAACUCGGUGUAUGUUAAAACUUGAUAACAUUGAUUCUGGUGGACGUGAUGAAGUUCGUUCUGCCAGAAAAAGUACAUUGGCCUAUGUAGAUCGUGUUAUAGCCAUUUUGGAAAAUAAAGUUAAUCGACCUGGUACUAACCAGGAAGUUCCUGAAACAAUUGAAUCUAAUAUGGAACAACAAUCCGGUGAAACAGAAAGUUCAAUGGAAGCUGAAACCGGUGAGAUUGAUUCUACAUCUCAACAACAACAACAACAACAAUCAACUGAUGAAAAAAAUGAUCCUGAACUAACCGGUAAUGUUGACAACAAUGAAAUGGAAGUUGAAAGUGGUUCCGGUCAAUCAAAUGAAACAACCGAACAACCCGACGAACAACUGGACGAAGAUGUUGCUGACGGUGAAACCAUCGAAGAGGAGGAAGAAGAGGAUCCCUCAGGUGUUGAUGGUCAAAGUAAAGAUUUGUAUAAUUGUUCAUAUAAUCAGCUUAGUAACGAAAAUAUUUGCAGAACAACCGAAGCGGUCAUCGUUGAAGAAAUGGAUAAAGAAGAGCCUCCAGAGGAGCCGCCCACCAAAAUAAAUCGAUCCAGUGAACAACAUGAUGAAAAGGUAAACAUUGAGUUGAAUCUUCCAUUGGGACAAGGUCAGUUUCAAGGAGAUGGAAUCGAAUUGAUUAAUUCCAGUCAACCAAAGAUUGAAUUACCACCAGAAGAUUCAAUGGGUAGUGAUGAAAGUUUAGAUACCCUUAAAGAAAAUAAAGUAUCCAUUAUAAGCGACUCAGAUAAUUCUAAUGCUUCUGAUGAUAUUUUGGAUAUUGAGCCUUUCGUUGAAAUGCCUGAUGAAAGUUCUGUUUCAAGUAAAGAUUCCGAUGAAAAUAAUAGGCAAAGUUUACAGAUAGUUGAAGAAUCUUCAAAUGCUAACAUGCAAUCAUCACCACCGAAGCCAGUUCAUGCUUAAAAAAUGUUUUAAAUGUAAUCACAAUUUGUACCUUAGUUUUUUUCUCUCUCAAUUUUUGCUUCUCAUUUGAUUGAAGGUUGGCCUAAUUGUUAACAAUCAGCAGAGAAUUAAAAAAAAUGCUUUUUUCUUAUAUAAUUUCCAACCACCAAAUCAACAAUCAAAUCAUAACAAAAUAAGGCUUAUGAAAAAAAAAGAAAGAGAGAAGAAACAAAAAAAAAAGAUAAAUAAAUAAAAUUCACUUCUCGUUCCACCUUCAAAA